CCAUUGGUUCAUCCGCUCAGCUGCUCAGGUAUUCAGUCUGUCUCGUGGAUGCUAUGCUUCCUUCCAUGCGCAGUCUACUCAGCCGGACACACGACAGACAGACAGACAGACGGACAGACGUGCUACAUAAAAGGGCUCGUUCCGGUAUACACAGACAAUUACAGACAUGGCAGCUCAGCUAGCUAGAGAUCGAUGGUGCCAGCCAGUCAGCGCACAACAACAAAACAGAACACACAAAACGAGCGACGGUCGAUCCACCCUUCUCUCCCUCCCUCUCUCUCUCUGUGUGUGUGUGGGUGGGUGUGUGGGUGUGUCGUUCUCUGCUUGUGGUGUGCGGCGUGACGACAUGGGUUCACGCGACAGGUGGUCAUCCGUCGCGCAAAAUCGUGUCAUCACGUCGCACCAAAACAGAGAAGGACAGUGACACAGACACACACCACAGAUAGAUAAGAUGGUGAUAGAUAUCGGAGGCAGGCAUGGUCUAUCACACCCAAAUACAUAGCAGCGAAUGAGCGAGCAUUCACCCAGACGACCAUCCAGCCCUCCAGCCAGGCAGCCAGGCUAGCUACUGCUACAUUCAUGUCUUCUCCCUCCCUCCCUCCCGGUGUCUUGCCGUCUCACGCGAGUGUCUCGCUGCGCGACAACGUCGACAACCGGUUGGCCCCUGUGGUGGAAAGACCAGCAUGGAUCCGACCCGCCCACGCAACGGCACUCGCGCGAACCGGUCAAGACGCCACCGCGCAGCCAACACAUGACGAGCUAGAUGUGCGAUCCCUCCCUCCCUCCCUCCCUCCCGCCCUGUCUAUCUGUCUAUGCAUCCGUCCGUCCACCAGUACCAGGCAAUGCAGGCAGGCAGACAUAGGCGAGCUCUCUGCAGGAGGCUGUUGUGUGUCGUACCUACCGUACCCAUUGCAAGCAAGGCAGGCACACACGAACACACACAAGAAGACACGCAGGCAGGCAGGCAGCAGGCCAAAAACGGGUUGUGAUUCGGGUGGGUGCGUGGGGUGGGCGGAUGGAUGGAUGGUUGGUGUUGCUAUCUGUCUGUCUGUCUGUCUGUCUACCUGCUCUGUCUGGUGUGGCACUCACUGUGAGGAUCCGGACGCAUGGACUCUGUCACGUCACGUCACGUGUGUGUCCGCAACCGAGUCUGAACGCCCCCACACCUUCGACCGACACAGACGCCGCAGACGCGAUGAACGGACACAGAGGAGAAGAGUGAAUGAGAGUGGGAGUGAGAGGGAGAGUGAGAGUGAAAGAGUGUCACCAACACAUACACACACACACGGGUGCACACACGCAACGCAACACGUCGCUUAAAAGGCAGGUAGCUAAGCAGGAAGACCGAACAGCCAGCCAGCCACACAGCUACACCCACAGCCAGCCAGCCAGCCAGCCAGCCACUCACCGCUGCGGCUUCAAUGCACUCCCUCACUGCCUACACACCCGCACCGCAGCCACCCGGCGGCCCCCUUGACACACACCCACCCACAGAGACACACCCACAGACACACACUUCCACACACACAGCCGUCGCUACAGUCUAUCUAUCCGCCCUGGGGGUUCUCCGCCUGCUGCGCCGACUGCUGCUCCUGCUGCAUCCUUGCCGUCUCUUGGUCGAGCAGCUGCUGCAGCCGCUCCACGCUGUUCUGCAGUUCGGGGAAGAGCUCGAAGCAUUGGUUUCUGAUGGAUGAAGGCAUUGAGCCGUUGCGCAGGCCCACGGCCAUGGGCGCCCGCUCCAGCAUCCGCCGCAGCGUGCUGCGGCGUUGCUGCUCCACCAUCCAGGCUGGGGUGUUCAUGUGGGCACCACGUCCGGCUCCGGACCCUGUUGAUUGCCACACGCACACACACACACACACACACAGAGAGAGAGCGAGCGAGAGGGAGAGAGAUGGUUUCGCCUUUUCUCUCUGGUCGUGUGUGUGUGUGUCUGAGUGUGUGCUGUGACUUUGUGUGCUAACCACCUGUGGGCUGUGAAUUGUUGUUAUUGUUGUUGUUGUUUGGUGUGUUGUUCAUGUCUAUGCCCCUGCCGCGGCCAAGGGGUGGCCGCGGCACCCCUCCCCCGCCCCCGCCGCCACCAGCGGCGUUGUGCUGCGUGAUGCCAAAGGACGCAGAACUGCCACCAGCAGCAGCGGCAGCAGCGGGCCCCCGCUGCACGCCACCGCCACCCUGUGGCUGCUUGGGCUUGGCUGUGGGCUGCGUCGGGGGGGAUGGUGAUCGCCCGUUGGUGUUGUUGCCUCCGGCGUUGGUGUUGUUGCCACCAGAAGGGAUGUGGGCCUGCUGGAAGGGCUGCAUCCUUAUGGGCGGGGGUGGGGGAUGGGCCUGGAUGGUCGGCCCUGCUGCGGGUGCGGGUGUAGGUGCGGGUGUGGGUGUGGGCUGGACGUGGACGGGAGCCGCACGCUGCUGCUGCUGCUGCUGUUGGUGUUGGUGUGUCUGGGGUGGUGGCCCCUGCUGCUGGACGUCGCCAAGAGCACGCGAGAAGGUCCCGCCCCCGCCCGCCACACGGGGAGGGUCCCUAGCUGCACGUGAUGAAGGCGCCUGAACACACACACACACGCACACGCACACACACACACACACAGAGAGAGAGAGAGAGAGAGAGAAAAGGGGCUCGAACGUUGAUGUCGUGGCGACCGUUCCCUCCCUCUCGCUGUCUAUCUCUCUCAGGCUCUGUUUGUGGAUGCGCACCGCACCUGGUUGAGGAGGUCGCCAUGCUGGUUGUUGUGUUGGUUGCGGUAGCUAUUGUGGUGGUUGUCCCUACCACCCCUAUCGCCCCCGCCGCCCCGCCCGUUGGUGGCAUACCCAUGACCCUCCCCAUCCAUCCCGAUGUCCUCGCGCACAGCCCCCAAAUCCCUUUCCCUCUCCCUCUCCCUCUCUGAGUGUGAGAUGCUGGUUAGGUACCCCUGGCGGCCACCCAUCUCGGGCCGACCCACACCAGCACCACCACCCAACCGCCCGUUCCCCUCCUCCACCCUCUCACGCGCUGCGCGCCCGCCGCCGCCGUUGCCGCCAUUGCCGUAGCCGUCCUCCACAUCGCCACGACGAUACAACGCGGUGCCACGGUCGUCACGUCGCUCUUGUCGGUCGUCGUGGCGGCGGCUGGCAUUGGCCAUGCCAUCGUCUCGGCGGUCGGGGCGGAGGCGGUUUGGGCGGUUGUGGCGGUUGUGGGGGUCAGUCUCGAGCUCGUCAUCGGAGUGGGCGUGGUGCUGCUGACGGGGGGGCCCGUUGUCAUCGGCACGGCGGUUUUCCUCGGCACGGCGAUCUGAGAGAAGAAGAAGAAGAAGACGCGGGAUAAGGAGUGUGCAUCAGGUGUGGGCAAAUGUGUGUGCGUGUGUGCUGCCCACCGGCGAAUGUGGUGCGUGGGAUGCGGUAGCGCGGUCCGAUUUGAUAUUGCAUGUCAGUCAGAAACUCACCUGACAACACACAAUAACGGCCACAACACACCACACCACAGCACACCACACCACACCACACCAGAUACACUCACUACCCAGGACGGCAUCUGCUUCCUCCCUCCCUCCCUCCCUCCCUCCCUCUCUCCGCCACUUAGUUAACUUACCGAACCAAUCCUGCCACUUUGCCAGGCACUCUAUCUGCGCAUUUGACGCCGUCGAACUGGGGUUGUCCUCGCCGCCAACGAUCAUGUCGGGCAGCACGUCGAGGAUGACCGACGAGAUGCCGAUGAGCAGCUGCCCCUCGUAGUGGCCGAAGUCGCCGAUGUCCGGGCAGUUCUCUGCCCACUUCCUAAUGUGGUUCAUCAGCAGAAUGCACUCCUUGCAGUCCUGCCGGUUCAGCUUGAAGGCACGCGUCAGCCGGUCGUCGUCACGGCGUGAGCUGUGGUUGUGGUUGUGGUUUUGGUUGUGGUUGCCGCGUCCGUUGUCCUCGGCGACGGCCGAGAUGGGCGGGCCGAAGUCGCGGGGGCGGUUGAUGCUCUCGCGCAUGUUGGCUGCCGUUGUGCGCCGGUCGGGGUCUGGGCGGUUGUGGUGGUGGCUGCGCAUGGGUGUCUCGGGCAUGGUGUCGCGCUCGAGCUCGGGGUCGACUGACAUUCAGAUGAAUGCGCACACACAGCGAGACAUUCAGGGAGUGGAGUGGGGUAUGUGUUGAGGUGCGCAUGUGUGUGUGUGGGGUCUCACGUGGGUGUCGCGAGUCAAGGUCACGGUGGGCUUGGUACUGACGCUCUCGCGGUCGGUCUCGCUCGUCGUCCAAGUCAGAACGCCCCCCUGCACAGACCACACACGCGCGCACACACACACACAUGCAUGCCUUUCAACACAUGCACCAGCUGAAUACCGAUGAGGAAACCUUCCCCGGCCUCUCUGUCCGUCGCCUUGUCCCUCCCCUCGCUCACCUCUGCGCCCGCCGCCCUCCCGCCUGUCCUCCCAGCCCCCGACCGCAUAGCCGUUCUCCACACCGCCUGCGUGAUCUACAGCUACAUCGUCGCCGCGGUGGCGUGUGUGCCGGGCAUGGGCGGGUGCAUCGGACCGCGAGUCGUCGUAGUAGGAGCUAUGCAUCGUUUGUGUCGGUCGUGUCGGUGGCCGAUGGAUGGCAGGUCGCCAAGGGACACACACCAAGAGGAGAUCUAUGACGGACGGACAAAGGGAGAAGGAUGGAAUGGACGCUGAGAGAGUGUGCGGCUCCCUCAACUCAGCGAGAAACUCCAGAAACACACAACAGCAGCAGCGGUUUCAGGGAG